UUAUAAAUUAAUGCCAAAGGACAGAUUCCCCAAACUCAUUUGCAUGACAACUGAAUGAGUGGGUACUCCCUGUAUGUAGGCUGUGUGCACAUAUCGUGUUUGUCAAGCUCUAAAUCACGACCGAAGUAUGAUUCACUGCCAGAACACUCACCAACAUAGAACAUGUUAUCCUCCAAUCCUGUGCGCGCAGUGACGAACUUCCUGGUCACAUUUUAGGCUGGUCUCAAAUACCUUGUUUUAAUGAGGAGCGCUUUAACUGUAGCCUAUAUGACGGAGGAAAGGAAGCUGUCACUCGGAAGAUACCAGAACUGUCAGGUUUAUCUGGCUCAAACAAUCUUAGAGCCUGCGUGAGGGAGCCGGAUAAGAAAGUCAAAAUGCUAUUUACUUUGUGUAACGCCUAACUCAAGGACGUAAGCUACGUGGAAGACUAACAGCCAAGACCGGGGACGAGCUGCUGCUCUGGGUUGCGUUUGGUGGCAUCGAGAACGACUUGAUGAGAUUUUAAGCCGAUAUGGAGAUUAUGAAACGGGCGUACAUUGGGAUACCAUGUCUUGACUACUAAAGAGUAAUGCUCCGCGGAUAAGCUGCAGCAGCGAGGGGCGAGAACAGGCCUCCUUCUUCUCCGAUGGAUGCUAUUUAAUCCCGCCAUAAACCUCCCUAACAGGUAGCGACGAGCUACGGUAAAGGGGCGCUUCACUCGCAAUUGAAGGAAUUUAUGGGAUCACGAGUGUGCAUUUGUGAACAGCUGAUCUGCCGCGAUGCUGCCUGCUGCAUGAGGCUAACGUGAUGCAGCCAAACACCAGCCACUCUUCAUCUCUUAUGAACAUAUCAAGUUUAUUACUCAGCUAUAACUAGAGUUUUGACAUUGAUUGUAACAUGGUUUCGUUCGUUUUGAUAAACCAUCUGUAUUUGCGCCUUUCACACAUGGAAUCCAGCUUGCUCUGUGUGGUACUAUUACUUGCAUUCUUGUGCUGUAAACAUGUGUUCUGUCCUUUCUGUGCAGUCUCGUCUGAUGAGAUGAGUGUGCGUGCGGGCCAGGGCAGUGACGAGGUGCUGGUUUCACAGGCAGUGUGGGAUUACCUGGCUGCAGCGGGGCGCCCCUGGCUCAUUGACUUCCAGCACAAGCAGGGGAUGAGAGCUGGUAUCAUUAGGCGAGGAGAGAGGGGGGGCUGCUGUGCCGUGAGGCUGCAGCCGGUGGAAGGCUUCAGGAGCUCUGGUGCUGGUGUGAUGGAUGAACCCAUCUCCAGCGAGACGCGGAAAGCUUUCAUUGACUUAUGCCGCUGUGCCCGAAAAGAAAUGAGCAAACUGGAGGGGGGACCAAAGAGAAAAAGGACUCUACUGCCCUGUGUUGGAGUCCUGGAGCCAAACGGUGGAGAGGGAAGCUUGAUGCCCCCUCCUCUUCCUCAACCGCGGCGCUCCCAGAGGCAGCAACAGCGCUUCAGGAAGCCUGCGGAUGAAGAGGCUUGUGCCAUGUUUCAUGAGUUAUCUCAAAGAAAAGACAUGGACCCUAAUAUGUCCUCCCACAGUGAGGCAGAGGACAACAGCACCUGCUCCAUUUGUAUGGGGGACAUUGUGGACAGAACCAUGCUGGAGAGGUGUGGCCACUCUUUCUGCCGCACCUGCCUAGACCAAGCCUUUAAAGUGAAGAAGGCUUGUCCUGUGUGUCGACUGGUGUAUGGACAGUUAAUCGGUAACCAGCCAGCAAAUGGUACAAUGAUUGUAGAGCGAGACCCUGAUAUCGAGCUUCCUGGACAUGAAGGAUAUGGGUGUAUCUGCAUCAUCUACAGCUUCCCUCCUGGACUUCAGGCGCCUGAGCACCCAAACCCAGGUGUGCGUUACCCAGGAACUGACCGCGUGGCCUACCUCCCUGAUAGCCCUGAGGGGAACCGUGUGCUGGGUCUGCUCAGACGAGCCUUUGAACAGCGCCUUAUCUUCACCAUCGGUACCUCCAUGACCACGGGCAUGCAAAAUGUCAUCACGUGGAAUGACAUUCACCACAAAACCUCAAUAUGGGGAGGGCCUCGCUGUUUUGGCUACCCGGACCCGACUUACCUUGUGCGAGUGACAGAGGAGCUCAGAGAGAAAGGCAUCACAGCGGACUGAUCGCCUCAUAGUGACUCUCUUCCAGGACUCUAUGACUUUUUACUGUCCUUGCUCUGAGCACCACCCCAGCCUCUGCCCACUGCUUAAAGGACUCUCAUCUGAUGCUGCAGCAAGCCCUCACCCCUACAUUAGCUGUUCAUUUGUUUGUUCGUAUCAGCAGCAGUGCUAAAAGUGGAAGACCAUAUUUUGAGUGCAAAGCAUUCUUGUAUAAUACGAACCUAACUGUUUUCAAAUAGAACAGAAGCCUGAUGCACAAGAGUGUCACCAUGUUGGUACUGUACAAGGUACAUUGUUAUUAUUAUGAUUAGUUUUUGUUAUUUGAAUAUUUAUGUUGUGGAUAUUUUGUUUCAUAUAUACAGAUUUUGGUUUAGUUUGUUAAAUUUAAAUGAUAUGGAUUUCAUUUUGUACAAUAACUACAAUCCAAGGCACUCACAGGCAUUUUAUUUAUUUUAACAUUUUUAUUAUUAUCAUUUAGUUUUGUGGAGCUGGUUCUAGAAGAGUUCUAGGUGGAAGGAGAUUGCUUAGAUGCCAAAUUGUUAAUGUAGUUAUGGGCUGUAAACGCUUAUAAACUACAAAUUGAUGUCAGUUUCUUGGAAGUAUUAGUUUUUUAUUUUAAUACUUUCCUCUAAUUUUACAAAACAAUGGCGAAUGUAUGCAGAGUUUUGCAGCACUUUUCUGUCCAGUCUAUUUCCUUGGAAUCAUCAUUCCUUUGUUAUACCCGAUUUUUAAUGCAUUGAGUCUAUUGAUUCUCAGUAGUAUUCUUGUCAAAUAGGCCAAUCUAGAUUUAUAAAGAUGUCAGUAUGUAAAGGGCAUAUAGACCAGUCAUACCAAAUCCAAGGCACAAAAGCUCUUUAAAAUCUAUACCUCCUUGUUAAAUUGGGAGAGUGAAGUAUGAAAUAUCAAAUUAUUGAUUUAACAUGUGAAACAUAUGUAAUAUUGUUUAUAAAAAAAUAUCACAGGUACAAUUGAUCUGAGUUAUUAUAUAAUUGUGCCUUCUCUUACAUUUAGUUUGAUUAUAAAAAGUUAGCAUGCUGUAAUUAAGAUUUAUUAGGAUAAGAUUUGUUUAUAUAACUUGUUUUAGAGGAUUCUCUGACUUAAAACCUCACAGAACCUACCAUUUUGUUUAUAAUGAUCUUGUAGUCCAAAAUUCAACUAAGAUGACAUUUGUUAAACAUUAAUAAUUUAUAUUCUUUUAAAACUAAUUUAUUUUGUUAAAGCCCCUACAUUUCAGUUAAGGGACCAAGAAACUAAAACAUUUGGACAUAAGUUAUGUGAGUAGCUCAUAAAGUUACCAGGCAAACAUUUCUAUGCAUACAUAAAGGAGUGAGCAAAAUUAAAACUUAGGAAGGGAUUGUUGAGGAAAAGUUGUUAAUUUGCUUUUCCAGUUGUUUUAGUUUAUACUCUGUUGAUAUAAAAAUGUGCUUUACAUUUUAAUACUUGAAUAAAAAGUUAUGUUUCAAAUUA